AUGAUUCCUUCAAGGCCUAUAAUUUUCUUGUUUAUUUUAUCCGUAUUACUUUGCUCUCAUUCAAGUAAUGCUCAGGAUGUAACAGAGCUUUUCUUCGUAAACUCAACUGGACCUUCAAAUCAAGAUGGCCCAUUUAGCGAAGAGUUCAAUUUAUCCAUUUCGGAUCGUAUUAAAAAAGCAAGAAAUAACUUAGAGGAUGAGUCGAGCUCAAUUGAAGCAAAGUUAUAUGCUACGAAUCUUUUAAAAUCUGCGGCUCAGGAAAAUAGCACAGAUGCUAUGCUUCUGCUUGCAAAUAUAAUGUUUUUUGGCAUAUAUAGCUUUGAGCCAGACUUUCAAAUGGCCCAUACUUAUUAUGAUCAUUUACAGAAAACGAAUGGAAGUGUUGUUGGCAACCUAAUGCUUGGGUUUUAUCAUUCCGUGAGCUAUUACAACACGGUUUCUUAUGAUCCUGCUUUAUCUCGGCUGUAUUGGGAAGCUGCUGCAAAGCAGGGAUCCCUUGACGCACAUCAAUUUCUUGCAUAUCAUCAUUUCACUGGUAUGCAUACAGAAAGGUCUUAUUUGUUGGCUGCAAAGCAUUACAAGCUCAUCGCUGAUGAUCUUACUAAAGAGGGCCCAAAAUCUCUCUUGGCAUCUUCCCGAUACCUUUGGCCUGAAAUACUCGAUUACAAUUCUGCCGGUGACGAUGGCACAGGCGUUUAUGGACCCGCUUCAGCUUAUGCUUUUUCGCCUGUUAGUCGUGCUUUUCAAUCCAUCCGGCAUUAUUACCGAGAAAUUUUGAAUCCUCCGGAGGAAUGGGACCUUGGAAUCCUUUUUGAGGUUGGAAAGCUACGUCUUCAUGGGAUGUAUUCGUUUCAGCGAAACCAUACCUUAGCUGAAGCAAUUUUUGCAAAAGUGUUUCGCGGUUUAUCUUCUUUGAGCGAGAGUUCGGUUCACGUGACGUCCGAAAAUGUUGUUGACUUGGUCUCAAAGUCUGCAGGUUACAUAGGUCUUGCACAGGUAUUUGGAGACUCUAAGAGAGAAAACGUGAAAAAUGCUACCCACUGGCUCAAACGCGGAAUCUUUCAUAACGACUCAAAUUCGCUGUACGGGAUGGGAUACUUAUUUUAUCAUGGGCUAUUAAAUGAAAGUGAGAGAGACGUUGAAAAGGGAUUAAGUUAUAUGAAAAAGGCCGCUGAUAUGAAAAAUGGGUAUGCACUCACUUUCCUUGGAGUUUUAUCUAUGGAAUACGAGGAUUUUGACAGCGCUGUUCAUUACCUAACCUUAGCAAACAAGGAAAAUGUUUUAUUAGCAUCUAAGUUAUUAGCUGAUUGUUAUUUUAAUGGAAUCGGGACUCCUGUUUCUAAGCGAAAAGCUGCUUUGCUGUAUAAAGAGUUUGUGGAAGCUGUUCGUUCCUCGUCUUCCACGAUGAAUUUAGCGAUGAGAGAAGCAGAUUAUGAUUGUUCGGAAAACAGCCUUAUGUAUUACUUGUAUUCUGCUCAGAUGGGUUACUCAAUUGCUGAGACCAAUGCGGCAUAUCUCGUGGAUGGUAACAAAUACUUAAUCAAUUCACUGAAACGAUACCUUUAUCCUGAAAUAUCAGGGGAAGAAAGCCUUUCAGAUGACUUCGCUUACGAAUUUUAUGCACGAGCUGCUGCCCAAGGAGAUGCAGACGCAAUUCUGAAACUUGGCGAUUAUUUUUACUAUGGCAUUGGCGUGCAAAAGGAUUAUGAAAAAGCAUACAAAUACUACGAGAUUGCUUCUGAAAAAGGAGGUGCUACAGGAAUGGCCCUUUGGAAUAUGGCCUACAUGCACGAAUAUGGCAGGGGACGAGAACGAGAUACUCAUAUAGCUAAACGAUAUUUGGAUGAAUUAUCAGUCAAUCAGAUCGCUUACAUCCCCUUCAGAUUGAUUAUUUCAUUGGUGUUUCUUCAUCGAUUUUAUUUAAAAUGUCUCUCUUUUUUACGUUUACGAUAA